GCACCUUGGCCUUCGUCGGCACACCGCAUUUCAAGGGCGGCAUCGCCCCCUACACAGUGAGUGAGGUCCAAUCUGCCUUGGGCCUGGGCCGACGGCCGCGCACGCAGACCGAUGAGGAGGACAAGGACAAGGAGCCUGAGGCAAGCGGAGCGCACCAGCAUGAUUUGUAUCCCUACAAGCUCUUUGGAGUGCGGAGCUACCUCGGAGAGUACGAGCCUUUCGCCGACCUGCCCUCGCGAGUCGCCUUCGCCCGUGUGGAGUCGGAGCUGGGUGCGGAAGUGCUUGUCCUCCACAAGAAGGAUCUGCUGGAGCUGAAAGGCGAGUUCCCAGGUGCUGCGCAGAUUUGGAUCAAAGUCGCCAGACGAAAGGAGUGGCAUCGCGGGCAGCUUCUAGAGCAGCUAACGCAGAAGCGCAACUACAAGAUGUUUGCGCUGCACACCAUCCAGACCUUCUACCGCAACCGCUUCGGCAAGCGGAUGCAGAAAGAUCGUUCAGCCAAGCCUCCCACUUCCAUGAUUAUCGUGCCGCCCAGCCCGGUUCAGACUCGGACGAACUCGGUGUCUCAGGAAUCGAACGGGGAGAUUCAGCGGCUGAGAGGGAAAGUGGAGGUGAUGGACCAAAGAAUGCUGGAGAUCCAAACGACCCUGGACCUCAUCGUCGAGGAGAUGAGAGCCAACCGGCCCUAG